CCACCACCCUUUCAACCCAGCAUCUGCCUAACACAGGAACAUUUGGAUGACAUGAAUCUCAAUGCAACAAAGUUCCUUUGGCCAGCUGAAGUGGACCUAGUUAAAUGGGUCCUAUGCACUCAUGAGAUGGCCUUUUCAUGGGAAGAAGUCAAAAUCGGGCAGUUUCACAGUGACUACUUUGACCCGGUAGUUUUCCCAACCAUUGAACAUACCCUGUGGCAGCAUAAAAAUAUACUGCUUGCUCCGGCCUUAUUGGACCAAGUCAUUCAAACCAUCUGUGAGAAGAUUCAGGCUGGCACGUACAAGCCUGCACAGUCUGCAUACCAGUCCAGCUGGUUUGUUGUGGCCAAGAAAAACAGGACAUUAUGCCCUGUCAUUGAUUUGCAACCUCUGAAUGGUGUUAUGGUAAAAAGCUCUUUGGUACUGCCAUUAACAGAGCAUCUCAUCAAAUCCUACAGAGGUCACAGUUGUUAUUUGCUGUUAGACUUUUUCUGA